UUCAUCAGACCACUUGUUGACAUUGUUAUGAUUAGGUAUCAGCUGUCACGAUUAUAGAAAUAGUCAUUGCCAGAGUUGAAAGAACAGGACUAAGUAUAUAAGAUGCCUAAAAGGGGAUUUAAAGAACGUCUUGCUGCCGGGGAAACCAUUGUUAUUGCCGAGGGUUAUUUGUUUGAGUUUGAAAGGAGAGGUUUCGUGCGUGCUGGAUGUUUUGUUCCAGAAGUAGUAUUGGAAUUCCCAGAACAACUCAGAGCUUUACACGAAGAGUUCGUGCAUGCCGGAAGUGACGUUGUCGAAGCAUAUACGUACUACGGUCACCGAGCAAAACUACGAGUUGUUGGGAGGGAAGAUGAACUUGAAACAUUGAACUUUAGAGCAUUAGAUAUAGCUAAAGAAGUAGCAGACAAACAUGGUAAAUUACUUGCUGGAGGUAUAUCUAACACAACCAUCUUUAACAGACACGAUCCGAAAACUGUGGAAGAAGCUAGAAGUAUAUUUAAGGAACAAAUUGAAUGGGCUGUGACUAGAAAUGUUGACUUUAUUAUUGGUGAAACGUUUCCGGACUUUGCAGAGGCUCUUUUAGCUCUAGAGUGUAUCAAAGAGUAUGGAAAAGUUCCAGCCGUUAUAACUUUCUGUUCAACCGAAACAAAUAUGACACAUGAUGGUGUACCGAUACCAGAAGCAUGCAGAAAGCUCGAAGAGGCUGGGGCCGAUGUUGUGGGAGUAAACUGUAGCAGAGGUCCGUCUACCAUGAUUCCUCUUGUCAAAGAAAUCAAGAAGGUUUGCAAGGGACCAGUGGCAAUGUUGCCUGUAGUGUACGCUACAACUGACAAAGAACCGACAAUGCAGGCAUUAACAAUACACAAUACAGGUAAACCAGCCUUUCCAGUAGACUUGCCGGGAGUUGCAUGUACUAGAACAGAAAUAAAAGAAUUUGCGGAAGAGGCAAAAGCACUGGGAAUACAGUAUAUUGGUUUGUGCUGUGGUAACGCCUCUCACUACAUGCGUAUUUUGGCAGAUGUGUAUGGGAAAGAUCCACCUGCAAACAAAUUUUCUCCAAAUAUGGAUCAGCAUUAUUCCUUCGGAGAUGAUAAACAUAGGAACGAUUACUAUAAUGAUCUCUUUGAAACGAAGCUAAAAGAUAAAAAGACUUAAUAAUUUAGCAUAAACAUGAUUGACAUGUUCUGAAAUUAAGUACAUUCACAAAAUGUUUAAAUUUUUAUUUAUUUC